AAUCGAUUCGCCGUGUUUGCAACGCCACGUCCACGUACACCGGUAGAGGGACCGGCUGGUCCCUCAAUCGACGUUACCAUCGAUUUUACCCGUCCUGAUGGUCAACGUACACGUCCAUUACUGGUAGAGAACAAGCGGUUGUAUGUUGAUGAACAUUACAUAUCGGUAUGGUCACCGGUGUUAAGGGCGUGGUGUGUGGAAUGUCCCGAUAGGGAGCUGAUAUUGGCAAAUGUACAGUACGAUCAUGUUGUUGAAAUGCUUGAAUGCAUUCAUCCCACUUAUAAAUCCGUCGAUGACCAAUCGGUGCACAUCUUGCUACCGCUGGCUUACGAUUAUCAGAUGGAUGGCCUUCUUCACCGAUGCGAGUGCUUCCUUGUAAAUCACAACCUACCCUUUCUAGAAAAAGUUUGGAUAGCUGAUAGGUACAAAUUGAAUCGAUUAUUGAUUCUAUGUCUUCGGGAAAUGCGACCGAAUAGUAAAAUUGAUUUGACCGGAUCUCGAUAUUAUGCUUUAAGCGAUAGGGUCAAAGUGCUUCUACUGGAACGGCUACACGGUGCUCCUGCUCCUGAGGAAAUAGCUGAGCCUCCUCUGGAUUUGGAGAUGUUCCAACGGCAAUCGGAUCUGUUUUUCUCAGCGAUACGGGCGAAGACAGGACGGGUGUAUCAUGUAAAUCCGUAUUACAUGGCCGCAUGGUCGAAUGUAUUCCAGGUAAGGAGCCCGUUCGUCAUAGAGUGA